AUGACCAGCGUCGAAAGAACUGGCCUGAACUUUCGUCCUCCCUCCACAUCUCGUACCGCUGGAGUCGCCGACUUCACUCCGCCCCAUGUAUCCUUCCUCCAAGGCAAGUGGUAUGUCACCCAUUCGACUCUUCCCAUGUGGAAGUCGAACCGCAAUGUCACCAUCACCUACAAAUCCCUCGAUAACAAUGUCGAAGUCAUCGAUGAUCUCGUUGAAUAUCAACCCCUGAACUCGAACAAAACCAAGAGGGUGAAAGGAAUUGACACACCAGAUGCCGAUACCACGGCCGCGUACAGUUGGCGAGGGAGAAGAUUUCUAAAGAUCGCUUCUAGCCACUGGCAGAUUUUGGGCUACGGGGACGAGGAUGGCGGAUGGGUCGUCACAUACUUCCAAAAGACACUCUUCACACCCGCGGGUGUAGAUAUAUACGCUCGGCGAAAAGGAGGAUUAUCAGAUGAACUUCUGGAGCAGAUCAAAGGCGAGAUAAGAUCAAUCAAAGAUCACAAGAUUCAAAGACUCGCUGAACUCAUCUUUCCCAUCCGGCACAACUGGUGA